CAGUAACUGGGGAGGAAAAAUGUUCCUGUCACUGCCUACACUAACUGUACUUGUUCCACUGUUGUCCUUAGCUGGCCUGUUUUAUUCAGCCAGUGUGGAUGAAAAGUUCCCAGAGGGCUGCACCAGCACAACCAGCUUGUGUUUCUACAGUCUGCUGCUUCCUGUUACCAUACCAGUUUAUGUGUUCUUUCACCUUUGGACCUGGAUGGGUAUUAAACUUUUUCGACACAACUGAGGCAGCAAAAGCUUGGAAGGCACCACAAAAGUAGACUUGCCAAACUUGUGGCCUACCAGCACCCUAAUAUUAUAUUCUGUGAAAUUGCAAUGGUCUCCAUUAAUCUCCCAAUGACACCUGAAAAUGUAACCUUCUGCACCAGCCUUGAUGCACAAUGGCCUCAUUACUGCCGAGAGAGAUAAUUAAUUAACAUUUUUCUUGUUCCUUCUCUGUGUCCCAUCAAAACCGCUGGGUGUAUUGUAAGGCUACACUAUUAGCCCAUCAAAGGUGUUGUCUCUUUGUUAAGAAUAAACGUUGUGCACUGAUUGAGAUGAAUUAUUUUAAAUAGGUUAUGGUGAGUUUCACUAUGCCUCUUUCAAGGAGCAGCACUGUUAUUUGGUAAUUGCCUUUGGUGGUUUGAACUGAUGUCUGCAGUAGAAUGCAUUUGUCUUACUGUGCUAUGGAAAUAAAGAGUAUAAUACA